AAUUAUUUUAAUUGACUCAAUAAUAAAACCAAACACAGUAGGUGAAUCGCAGACGUAUAACUAAUACACUCACAACGCCGCCGACCCGACGCUUCAUCCUCCGACCUCGAAGCCGCUUUGCCGUCCGCCAACGACAGAGUCACUUCCACAUUCAGCGUUUUCCUGGUUCGAUGAAGAGAAGCCGCAAACCUCAUGGCUAUUUUCUCUGCAUUUCGUGGCUGGUGGAGGUCGAUAGAGUUGGUAAUGGCGGCAGCGAAUUUCAGAUACUUGGUGCAGCUACACAGAGACGUUCCCAAAGCCGCCAGAUUUUAUUCGGAGGGCCUUGGUUUCACCAUUGAUGUCUGCACUCUCCGAUGGGCUGAGCUCCACUCCGGCCCGCUCAAGCUCGCCCUUCUCCAUUCUUCUACUCGCGACCAUGUUGAACACAAGGGUUAUUCAUCGCUGCUAUCAUUUACAGUAACGGACAUCAAUAGUACCGUGACGAAACUGAUGACCUUAGGUGCCGAACUGGAUGGCCCAAUCAAGCAUGAAAUCCAUGGAAAGGUGGCAGCAAUGAGGUCUGCUGAUGGGCACGUCUUAGGUCUGUACGAGCCUGCUUAGAAUUUCCAAAGAUGAGCAUGCUGAUGGGCACGUCUUAGGUAUGGAAUACCUCGUUUAAAUUUAUGAUGGGAUGGAUUGAUUUCUGAAAUGGCUGUUAAUUUGUUGAUAGUCAUUUUCUGAAAUUGCUGUUGCUUAGAAUUUCCGAAGAUGAGUAAUGGUGUGGAACUUCGUGAUUUUGAAGUGGCUGUUGCUUUGUUGAUAUUCAUUUUUGAGUAAUCAAAGUGAAUAUUUUCUUUCGA